AUGUUGUCCGAGGAAGGCUUCCUUGCUGACGGCCUUUGCAUCUUUGGCGAUGCUGCAUACAUCAACAACGGAUUCUUCGCCACACCGUUCAAGAAUGUCAAGAGUGGCAUUAAGGAUGACUACAACUUCUACCAUUCUCAGAAAGAAGAGGUCCCCGAAAUGCUUGCAUCCGAUGAAGCCGAGAUCCGUGGCCAGGGAGCUGUUCCAUUGGAGAGGACGGAGAUGAAUGAGGCCUCGCCAGGCCAGUUGCUUGGUGGCGGCGACCAUCAUGGUGAUACCAGCGAAUCAUUGAGGCAGCAGUUUCGUCGUGUGAACAAGGUACCUGUUGAGCCCCGUGAAAAGAUGGUUCGUCAAGUGGAGCGUCUUGGUUUGAAGCGCCCUAUUCCUGCUCGCUGGAGCAAGAAGGAACAGAACAGCUAG